ACUCCAAACAUUAAAUAUACAAAAAAGCCCUAAUAACCAAAGUUAUAUAUAUACACAAUACACUUAUCCAAACCUUUGCAUUUGGUUUAUAGAGAUGGAUGCAUCACCCAAGUACACAGGUGUUAGGAAGAGGAAGUGGGGCAAAUGGGUUGCUGAGAUUCGUCUCCCAAACAGCCGUGAGAGGAUCUGGCUCGGCUCUUUCGACACCGCUGAGCAGGCGGCGCGUGCUUUCGACGCAGCUCUCUAUUGUCUACGUGGCCCCGGAGCGCGUUUCAACUUCCCGGACAAUCCACCGGAGAUACCCGGCGGACGUUCUUUGACGCCGCAGCAGAUUCAGGUAGUCGCCAGCCGGUUUGCAUGCGAGGAAGUGUUACCACCGCAGCAACAACAACGGCCUCUGGCGUCAACAUUGCCACGUGGAAAUGAGACCGAAGAUGGAGGAGGAAUUUCGGCACGUGGGGAUAUUAGUGGUGGUAGUGGUGGGCCGACGUCAGGUCAAGUUGGGGGAAAUGACAACCACGAGGAUAAUAGUAAUGAUACGACAACGUAUUGGCCGUUUAUAUGGGAGGAGAAUCAUGUGGUUACUACUACGUCGGAAGAGUUUGGAAAUUUUUUCAUGGACGAUGAUUCAACCAAUUUGUAUUUGCAGCAACAACAACAACAUCAGCUCUCGUCUGAUAUUUACUACGAUGGAACUUAUGUUGUUGAAGAUGAUCUAUCGCAUUACAAUAUUAACCUUUGGAAUUUCUGAGAUCCGUAUUUUUUAUCAGCGAUCUUGGACCAAAAUAUUCCAUCAUGACUGAAGGUGAAUCUCUAAGCUACUAGCCUAUUAUAGUAAGACUAAUAGCUAGGUUAUUCAUCUUAGUUAUCUUUCUAUUAUAUUUAUAGAAAUUUUAAGCCAAUGGCAUUUAUGAGUUAUUAUUUGUUUUGUAUUACAUUGCACAUUACUUCCUCUGUAGCUUUCUUUCUUUUUGCUUUCUAGGAUUUGUUUGUAGUACAAGCCAAUCUUGACGACCCCUAGUGUUUUGUCAUGGGUUGUUUCCAAAUUGUAUACAUAAGGUUCC